UCGACCACCGAGAAGUUGCUUUCAUUCUUAAAUUAAACGUGCCCGGUAAAAUGUAUAUCAUUCAUUUUUGUGGCAAAAUCCCAAUAUUUUGCUUAAAUAAAGCAAUUUUAUUUACUUAUUUAUUUAUUUACAUCUUCCUCAAUUUGUUAACUAACUUUCAUUUGAUAUUUAUUUCCACAAAUGCAUUUUGGGUGAAAGACUGUUGAGGUGUGAACAAACAUGAAAUAGCGACACUAAAGCAAAUGAGGAGAAAAAAAACAACCACAACAAGGUUUCUCUCUCCUGGUCUGUUUUCACUUGCAGAUGUCGGGGUGUCGUUUGGGCACCAGGACUUUGAGGGAUCAUCUUUCACCCAGAAGGAUGGAUGCUGAGCUCUUCUCAAUGGAAACCACAUGUAGGACAACAGACAGGGGAUUGCGUUGGGGGUGAUGACUAAACCCUGCCUGCCCUCGCCCCCCCCUCACCACACCCCGGCCCACCCCCGACAUUCCCGACACGCCACGCAGGGGAGGGAACAGAGUGAGCGAGCGAGCGAGCGAGUGGCAACAAAAGAGCCAACAGCGUGAAGGUCCUAAGAGAAAGGAACGGCGGCGGCUCAGGACCACGUUGAAGAACUCCAGCAGAGCACCAAGAAGAAGCCUGAAGAUGUCCAAGGCGUUGCUGAGGAGAAACUCCAGCAAACAAAAUCUGCAGAACCUCAUCAGGUUGACAGCGCAGAGGAGCGUGGAGGACGCCGAGGAAGCGGAACGCGAACGCAGGAGACGUGCCCGAGAGCAGUCGUGUCACAGGAACGGUGACGCGGAGUACGCCGCUGACGACAACCUCCACGUAUUCGACGGCGCGCCAAAGCCUGGCGGCUCACCGUCGGUGGAGGAGGACGAAGGCUUCAGCGAUUGGACGCAGCGCAGACGGCAGAGAAGCCAUCAGCGGCAAGUCGGACGGGACGAGGAGGAGCGCGACGGCGCCGCUUACAGGUCGGAGCCGAAAGACAGCGCCGCCGCCUCCAGCACGUCUUCUUCUUCUUCAUCCACUGGCGUCCGGUGCGAAGCGGAAGAUGACGACGGUGAGUCGAGGCUGGAGACGGACGCCAGUCAGGUGUCAUCCACAUCCAAAGCUUUCCUUCUCGAAGAUUCCGAAGCGGUGGGCGCCCAACAGGAAGUGACAUCACUAUCCAGCAACCAAUCAAAGAGCAGGAACGGCCAGGCGGACGCCGUCUUGGAGGCGGAGCGUCGCCUGGAGAAGAUCCGGCUGGGCCUCCAGGAGAAGGAGAGCCAGGAGCUGGAGGAGCUGAAGCGACGACACGCCCGGGCCGAGCAGGAGCUGGAGGAGCUGGCCAGGAGGAAAGAGCAGAGGAGCCGUCUGCGAAGCCAGGAGGAACGACGACGGCAAGACGAGCAACGGCAACGCCUCGCCAAGGAGGAGGAGGAGCGGGGCCGCAUGAAGGAGGAGAUGGCGAGGAGGCGGACGGAUGCCGCCCAGAGGAUGAAAUUGUUGAGCGGUGGCGACGCCGACCAGGUCUUCAGUCCCGUCAAGACGUCUACGCACAAAAUCACAGAGCGGACCGAGUCCCUCAGCCGCUCGCUCAAGAAAAGUAACAGUUUCAAAAAGACGCCGGCGCCCGUUCUCGUCAACAACAUCGACGACAAGAAGGAGCAGUAUGCGCACGCUGUGGAGAACUCUCAGGAAGCGCGAGGCUCCAAGGCCCCGCUAGUGGACCUUCCCAACUCUCUGGAGGCCGUCACCUCCAAGAAGAACUUGUUUGAGGGGCAGAGCAGCGGCACCCCCAAGACAACUUCCUGUCAGGACACUGACGGCUUCAAGGUGGCCGUGACCCACUUGGUCAGCCGGUGGGUAAAGGGCCAAGCGGACGGCGGGCGAACUCUGCAGAGCCGAGCGGCGGAUGUCAAGAGUGGAGAUGUAAUGCAGAAGAAGAACAUGUGGGAGGUGAUUGGAGAUUCAUCAGGGAGGUCCACCGCAAAUAUCAAGGGCUCGGCAGCAGCGAGUAAGAAGUACACCUUUGUGGUGACGGGCCACGGCAAGUACGAGAAGAUCUCCGUGGACCGGGACCACGCCACCAACGGAAAGUCUGAUUUGUGCGAUUCCUGAUGCGGUCUUCAGCUUGGACCGAGAUUCACACGGAACCAAGCCUAAGCCAAGACUUCACUUCAGUUAUUAACCAUCAGCUGCACUUGUGACAUGUUGUGUACGUCUUUGUUGCCGCCGUGCGCCAUCACUUCCUGUUUGCUGCUGAUGUCACCUUGCAGUCAUUGAGGCCUUUUGUUGUUGUUGUUGUACCGCCCUUUUGUAAGUCCCUUAAAGUUGUUUUUCUACUACAACAAUUUCGCUUUUUUGAAAGGCAUUUUUCAAGAAUAAAGUUGUAUAUUUGCCAUGUUUUCAA